AUGUUCGGGGCCCAUUCAAUUGGGGUUUCUCACUGUAGUUCGUUCACCGGAGAUCGUCUGUAUAACUUCAGCGGCCGAGGCGGUCAAGAUCCUUCCAUGGACUCUAAAUAUGCUCUUCAGCUCAAGGCCAAAUUCCCCCCUUCAGCUUCAAACAACACCGUUGUUCCACUGGAUCGUCUCACUCCCACUAAGUUGGACGCGAAAUACUAUGUAGAUUUGCAAUACAAGCGUGGACUGUUGAAAUCUGAUCAAACGUUGAUGUCAAAUGAUGCCACGUCUAGACAGGUGAACAUUAACGCCAAGUACCCCAAGAUUUGGAGGGAAAAUUUUAGAAGGGCAAUGAUAAAGAUGGGUGCAAUUGACGUGCUGACGGGAUCGCAGGGAGAGAUAAGGAAACAGUGCCAUGUCCCCAACUAG